AUGGCCGUAGUAGAGAGCGGGCCGAGAAUGCAGGAAAAGUUUAUUAAAGAUGUCUUGCUAAUGUCUCAAUUAGUUACUUUCUGUUUUAUUAUUUCUGGGCCUGCCAUAUUAAGAAUAAUAAAGAUAUACAAGUUAAUAGCUUUCUGUGUUUACUCUCUUCAUGCAUGCACACAGCCCAAAGUCUCAAACCGUGUACUUUUGUCAAGGCCACACGCUCAAAUAUUCCUUGGCAAGAUCUACCAUGCAGCCCCUGGGCCAAUUUGGAGCUUUAACAAAUUUGCCUCAUUCAGGCGUAUUUUGAUUUUAAACAUCGUUUCGCCAUCUUCAAAAUUCUUAUGA